AUGGAUGAUGCUACGGUCCUAAAAGAACAUGGUUACGUUAUGGGUAGACGUGUAGGAGAAGGAGCUUUUGCCAAAGUGAAGUCAGCAUACUCUGAACAACUCAAAGCAAGUGUAGCAGUGAAAAUAAUAAACAAGAAAAAAAUACCUGCUGAUUUUUUGGAGAAAUUUUUACCCAGAGAAAUAGAGAUAACAACACUUGUGAAUCACAAAAGUAUUGUAAAGACUUAUGAGACAUUUGUUAACUCCAAUGGAAAGAUCUAUAUUAUCAUGGAGUAUGCAGUUAAUGGAGAUUUAAUGGAGUAUAUUUACUCCCAAGGGUCAUUACCAGAAGACAAGGCCCACAAGAUGUUUUAUCAGUUAACAAUGGCCAUAAAGUACUGUCAUGACAUCAAUAUUGUACACAGAGACUUGAAAUGUGAAAACCUUCUUUUGGAUGUUAAUUAUAACAUCAAGCUCACAGACUUUGGGUUUUCACGAUGCUGUGCUUAUGAUGAAGAAGGGCAUAUAUUAUUAUCUAAAACAUUCUGUGGUACCUCUGGGUACACAGCACCAGAAGUGUUACAACGAGUACCUUACCAACCAAAGAUCUCUGACAUAUGGAGCAUGGGUGUCAUUCUGUUUAUUAUGAUCUCUGGCUAUAUGCCAUAUGACUCCUCUAACAUCAAACGGUUGGUAUGUGCUCAGAAGAUGCACAAACUACGCUUUCCAAAGUUUAAACAUGUGACUCCAGAGUGCAAAGACUUAAUUUUUGGCAUACUUCAUCCAGAUUUGUGGAAAAGGCUAACUAUUGAGGCAAUUUUAGCUCAUCAUUGGAUGAAGCCUACAACUCUUGAAAGUGCAAAUGACAGAAAAAGAGAUGGUGAAUGUUCUCAAACAGUACAGCAGCAAAAUGAGAACCCAAACACUGAUUCAAAACCAGGUAACAAUGUCUCUAAAUCACAAGAUAAAACUGAAAAUGCUAAUACCGAAGCAAAAUCAGAAGCAACUCAGCUCCGAACAGAUAUAGAAGAAAGUAAAGGAGGUACAGAACAGCCAGUCAAAUACAAAAUCAUAUGAAACUACCAACUCUGUACUGAUGCCAUAACACGUGGUUCAAAGAACAAAACAAAAUUAAUCACACAAUCCAGACGCAAGCAAACAAUGCAAAUAACACCCACAAAAUGCAUACAGUGAUAUUUAUGUAUAAAAAUGAAAAAUCAUUUGCUGUAGUCUGCAUUUAUAGUUUC